AUGAAAGGAAAAAGGAAGAGAGACGAAGGAACAAGCAGCAAUCACGAUAAGAAGAAAAAGACACAAAGUGUUGGGCAGACCACAGGGAAAAAGAAGGAACUUCUAGAUAAGAAGUCAAAGUUCACCAACUUUACUCCUCUAGUAAUGCCAAUUGAGCAGGUCCUGAUGCAGAUAAGGGAUGAUCCCUCCUUGCAAUGGCUGAAGCCAAUCAGCACUCCAACAGAAAGAAAAGACAAGAGCAAGUACUAUGGGUUUUGCCAGGACCACGGGCAUCGCACUAACAAGUGUAGGCAUUUGAAAGACCAGGUGGAGACUUUAAUCUGGCAAGGAAAGUUACAGAAGUAUGUCAGGAAAAUGGAGCCUGACAGAUACCAACGAAAGGACGAUAAAGACAGAAAUCAGGAAGUAGGAGAUAGCAAACCUCCUACAGGAGAAAUAAAGACGAUCUCGAGAGGACUAACAGCAAGUGGAACAUUAAAGUCCCUGAAAAAAGCCCAUGGGAGAGAAAUAAACAAUAUCCAUUCGUGGGUCCCUCCAAUGAAGAUGCCAAAGAAUGACGAACUUGAUAUUGUUUUCUCGGAAAGAGAAGGUUACGGCAUCAAGCAACCCCAUGACGAUCCAUUGGUAAGCAUGCUCAGAGUAAAAGAAUUCAACAUCCAUCGGGUGCUCAUUAACAACCGAAGCUCAGCAGAUAUCAUUUACUUACCUACGUUUCAGCAAAUGAAACUGGAUAAGAAAAGAAUCAAACCUUUCACCUCGCCUCUGGUUAGCUUCACGGGGGAUAGAAUCGUUCCUAGGGACAUCGUCACUCUAACCAUAAUUAUAGGCACUUACCCAGCACAAGUCACCAAGGAAAUUGAUUUCCUUAUAGUUGAUUGCCUUUCAACAUACAACAUCAUCUUGGGAAGACCUGCACUCCACAGGUUAAAAGCAGCGACAUCAACAUAUUACUUGAAGGUGAAGUUUCCAACAACCCAUGGAGUAGGAGAAAUCAAAGGAGACCAAGUUCUGGCAAAGGAGUGCUACCAAGCUACCUUAGCAUCUGGGGAGAACCACACAUGGGUGAUCAAUGAACUAGAGCCCAUCCCCAAACCGUCAAAACACCACAGGAAGUUGAGAUCGUCCCAAGAGAUUUGA